AUACACAACACAGCAACCAGAUUCUAGCACAUUGCUUUACGGUAUUUUUACGACAAUUCUCAUCAGGCGCCGGAAUUGGAAGUUUUUACAGAGAGUUUAUUCAUCUGCUGUGUUCGCACUUAAUUUAAAACAUUUACAGAGCGUUUUUUCAAAGACAUUACGUUUACGCUGAUAUGUUUUAUCUCAGUUAACUUAUAGGUUGUCAGAGUUUUAUGCUGUUUAACAAGCUGUUAUUUUUAUGUAAUGUCCGGGGUGUAACUUACAGUGAUCAUGCGCCGCUAGAUCACAGUUAUGAACGUUUUGUUUAGAUCACUAAGAGUGAUUGGCAGUCGAUUUUAUAGGCAAAUAUCUGUAAACAUGAUAAGGCGCACUCAGAUUAAGAAAGUGCUUUGUGUUGCUGAGAAAAACGAUGCAGCUAAGGGCAUAGCAGAGAUCAUGUCAAAUGGGAGGUCGAGAAGAAGAGAAGGCUACUCUGUUUACAACAAAAUAUAUGAGUACGAAUACAACCUGUUUGGUCAAAAUGUAGCUGUAUGCAUGACAUCUGUAUCAGGACAUCUCUUGAGUCUUGAAUUCAAAGCUCCUUUUCAGAAAUGGCAUAGUUGUAAUCCAGUCCUGUUGUUUGAUGCUGAGGUGGAGAAGUACUGCCCUGAGAACUUUAUACCGAUCAAAAGGACUUUGGAGAGAGAGGUGAGACAGUGUCAAGCUCUGGUCAUUUGGACUGAUUGUGACAGAGAAGGAGAAAAUAUCGGCUUUGAGAUCAUUGAUGUUUGCAAAGCAGUGAAGCCAAACAUUCAGGUCUUCCGUGCACGGUUCUCUGAGAUCACCCCAAACUCCAUAAGGAGAGCCUGUGAGACCCUUACUGAGCCGGAUAUCAACAUCAGUGAUGCGGUGGAUGUGAGACAGGAGCUGGAUCUCCGCAUCGGCGCAUCAUUUACCAGGUUCCAGACAUUACGCUUGCAGAAGAUAUUCCCAGAAUCUCUCUCAGAUCAGCUCAUCAGUUAUGGCAGUUGUCAGUUCCCGACCCUUGGCUUUGUGGUAGAACGGUUUAAAGCCAUUCAAGCCUUCGUCCCUGAAACUUUCUUUAAAAUCAAAGUUGUCCAUGAGCCUAAUGAAGAGGAAUCGGUUGAAUUCAGCUGGAAAAGACAUCGUCUUUUCAGUCACACAGCAUGCCUUGUGUUGUAUCAGAUGUGCAUGGAGGAUCCCAUGGCAAAAGUUAUAUCUGUAACAAGUAAACCAAAAAGCAAAUGGCGACCUUUACCCCUUGACACUGUGGAACUUGAAAAACUGGCUUCAAGAAAACUGAGGAUAAGUGCCAAAGAAACCAUGAAAAUCGCAGAAAAGCUGUACACUCAAGGGUUUAUCAGUUAUCCUCGAACUGAGACCAACAUGUUUCCACAAAACCUGAACCUAACCAUGCUGGUUGAGCAACAGACACAAGACAACGAAUGGGGAAAUUUUGCUCAGCGCAUUUUGGAAAGCGGUGGGCCCACACCUCGAAAUGGAAACAAAUCAGAUAAGGCCCAUCCCCCCAUUCACCCCACCAAAUACACCAACAGUUUACAGGGAAAUGAAAAGCGGCUGUAUGAGUUCAUUGUACGUCACUUCCUGGCCUGUUGUUCCAAAGAUGCUCAGGGUCAAGAGGUGACGGUCGAGAUUGAAAUAGCUGAAGAGAGAUUCUCUGCUAGUGGAUUGACGAUCAUUGCUCGCAAUUAUUUGGAAGUGUACCCUUAUGACAAGUGGUACAAUAAGGUUAUUCCAUUAUAUACGGCUGACACCAUGUUCCAGCCCACAGCGAUUGAGAUGGUGGAAGGACAGACCAGUCCACCACAGCUUCUGACAGAGGCCGACUUGAUAUCGCUAAUGGAGAAACAUGGCAUUGGUACUGAUGCAACACAUGCUGAACACAUUGAGACCAUAAAGAGUCGCAUGUAUGUGGGGUUGACGGCUGACCAGAGGUUCCUUCCUGGAGAACUUGGCAUGGGUCUCGUUGAAGGGUAUAACUCAAUGGGGUAUGAGAUGUCUAAACCAGACCUGAGAGCGGAGCUGGAGGCGGACCUUAAACUUGUGUCAGAGGGCAGAAAGGACAAAGCUUCUGUCCUCAGUUAUCACGUGGCAAAAUACAAGGCUGUUUUUAUUGAGUCUGUGAGGAAGGCAAAAAAAUUGGAUGAGGCUUUGUCAAAUUAUCUCGGCCCUGCUCAGGAGAUUACCGAACAGGAGCAAGGAGAAAUGGAGAUACCAUUACCAGUGCGAAAGUGUCCUCAGUGUAACCGUGACAUGGUGCUGAAGAAGAAGAAAGACGGCACAGGGAUGUUUCUUUCAUGUAUGGGAUAUCCAGCUUGUAAAGCAGCCGUGUGGUUUCCAGACACAGUUCUGGAGGUCAGCAGAGACGAAAGCGUCUGUCCAACUUGCCGUCCACAUCCAGUGCAUAUGCUGAAGUUUAAAUUCAAGAGGGGAAGUUUGCCACCUAUGAUGCCCCUUGAAUUUGUUGGAUGCAUCGGCGGAUGUGAUGAGACUCUCAGAGAGGUCUUAAACUUGAAAUAUAUCCGAAGAGGAGAAGCAGAAUCUGGCUCUCGGACACAUACCAGCUCUGGAUCAAAUCAGCAUCAUGUACCUAGAACCACCUCAGCACCUCCAUCCAGGGUGGAGAAUGUUAGACCUCCAGCACCCAGAGCCAACGGCAGCCGCCCCCCAGCCAGUCUGCCACCUCCACGGGCAGCACAACCACCAGCUUCAGCCCAGGGCGGUGCCAUUGUGUGUAACUGUGGUCAGGAUGCCAUUCUUCUCACUGUUCGCAAAGAGGGUCCCAAUCAAGGCCGUCAGUUCUACAAGUGCAACACAGGAGACUGUAAGUUCUUCCUGUGGGCUGAUCAGCCGGCUGAGCAGGCACCGCCCGGAGGGAGCAGAGGACCCCUGGGUCAGAAUUCUCAACCUCCCAGGCCCUCAACUGGCUUUGGGAAUGUACCUCAGCAGAGGCAAAACAACAGAGGAGAGGGAGGUGAUGAUGGUGAAACUAUGUGUAACUGUAAUGAGCCUGCAGUGACCAGGACCGUCAUGAAAGAUGGACCAAACAAGGGACGAAUGUUCCACACCUGUGGGAAACCACGUGAUCAGCAGUGUGGGUUCUUCCAGUGGGCGAACGAAAAUGUGGCUCCAGCCACAGAUUUCUCUGGAGGAAAUGGUGCCAGACAUCCUGGGAACAAAAAGGCCAGCACUACCUCAAACAAGCCUCCCACUGCCAAAAGGCCGAGAACCUGUGGAAUAUGUCAUGAGCCGGGUCACACACGGGUCACCUGUCCACAGGGAACAUGAAAAUAAAUGGUUCAUGCGAUUUUUGUCAAAUGAAAAAUAUGUAUGUAAAUGAAAUCA